UUGGCGUUUGGGGCCAUGACCUGAACCACAAGUGGUAUUACUCUGCGAGAGCCGAUUAGCCGCAAGAAAGCAAACAAACCACCGUUCCCUCCCGAGGCGCAACAACGCCACAAAUCAAACGUGUGGAUCUCUCGAGAGGACGCAAUUUCUUGGUUCUCUUUUUCCCCACAGCUAUGUUUAUGUUCUCAAUUUUCACAGAUUCAGAUACAGAUUCAGCUACAGGUACCCCAUUUCUCCAUUUUCGUCGGACUUGUACUCCUAUUUUGGCAAAACCCAUCUCCUCAAUUUCCCCUUCCAAUCCAAACCCAACCCAACAUGUCUCUACUCACUAAACUCCACAUCGCCACUUCUCCCCAAUUCAGCCUCAAUCUUCAACCAGCAACAAAAACAACCGCGAUUACCAAUCACAGCGCCAAGAUUAAGUCCAAAACCAUUUACAUUUCCCGGCCACUCGUGUUUAAACUCCCAAUGCAGGCCUCCUCGCCGCGCUCCCUUCGCUCUUCCGUUAAGAGCUCGCUCAUCGACCCCGACGGCGGGGCCGUGGUGGACUUGGUGGUGCCCGACGGCGAGAGGGCCGCCAGGGUUUUGGAGGCCGACCCAUUGCCCAAGGUGAAAUUGUCCAAAAUCGAUCUCGAGUGGGUCCAUGUCAUCAGCGAAGGAUGGGCGAGCCCGUUGAGAGGGUUCAUGAGGGAGGAGGAGUAUUUACAGAGUUUGCAUUUCAAUUGCCUCAAAAUUAAAGAUGGGUCUCUCGUAAACAUGUCGCUUCCCAUUGUUCUCGCCAUCGCCGACGAUGUUAAGGACCAAAUUGGGUCUUCGCCCAAUGUGGGGCUCCUUGGCCCCAGUGGAGACUUGGUUGGCAUUCUUCGCAGCGUUGAGAUAUUCAAGCAUAACAAAGAAGAGAGAAUAGCUAGAACUUGGGGGACAACUGCACCAGGGCUGCCAUAUGUUGAUGAGGUCAUUACAAAUGCUGGGAACUGGCUUAUUGGUGGAGAUCUUGAAGUAAUAAACCCGAUCAAAUACAACGAUGGGCUCGAUCAUUUUCGGCUGUCUCCGAAACAACUUCGGCAAGAGUUCGAUAGGCGUCAGGCCGAUGCUGUUUUCGCCUUCCAAUUGAGGAACCCUGUGCACAACGGGCAUGCUUUGUUGAUGAACGAUACACGAAAGCGACUUCUCGACAUGGGCUACAAAAAUCCAAUUCUGCUACUGCAUCCUUUGGGAGGUUUCACUAAGGCAGAUGAUGUCCCGUUGGAUGUUCGAAUGGAGCAGCAUAGCAAGGCUCUAGAAGAUGGAGUCCUUGACCCUGAAACGACCAUCGUCGCCAUUUUCCCAUCACCGAUGCAUUACGCUGGUCCAACCGAAGUACAGUGGCAUGCCAAAGCAAGGAUCAAUGCAGGUGCAAAUUUCUACAUAGUUGGUCGAGACCCGGCUGGAAUGGGACACCCAACAGAGAAGAGAGAUUUAUAUGACCCAGACCACGGAAAGAAGGUGUUAAGCAUGGCCCCUGGCCUUGAGAAGCUAAACAUAUUGCCCUUCAGGGUGGCAGCAUACGACACUGUCGCGAAGAAGAUGGCGUUUUUCGAACCUGGACGUGCGAAAGAUUUCCUCUUCAUCUCUGGAACAAAGAUGCGGAAUUUUGCGAGGACGGGUGAGAACCCUCCGGACGGUUUCAUGUGCCCGAGCGGAUGGAAGGUGUUGGUAAACUACUACCAGAGCUUGCAGGUGGAAGACGCGCCGCCGCAGCAACCAGCAUUGUCAGUUUAGGAGGAGGAUAUAGUUUGAGAAGUCAAGAGAAUGAUGGGUAGUAGUGAGUGAAUCCAUGAGGAAGCUGCUGAGGAACGGGAUUUCAUUACACAAUACAUUUUCAUCUCUGUAUAAUCUAAGCUUCUUCUAUCCUCGGUUCUUUUUUUCUUUUCUUUUUUAAUGUCUUUUAGCUGUGGUUGUAAUAGUAAGUAAUUUUGUCACUUAUCUUCACUUGUGAAAUGAUAUUAAUAUAUUUUAUUUUGGAUCUUCGUUCA